AUUAAAUAAAGACUAACAAGUAUGCCCAAAUCUUCAAAGAUUAGAAAAAAAAUCAAGUCAAUAAUAAUAAUGAAUAACACUAAUAAUAAUCAAGUAACUUUUAUAAAAGUACCACAAUUCAAGGGUCCCCUACAAAAGUAUUAAUAUUUCAAUCAUCUCUUAUUUUUUUGCGUGUAAUUUGUGAGAUUUGACUCAUCUCGUCUCAUUAUCUCUAGCCGCUUUAUCCUUCUACAGGGUCGCAGGCAAGCUGGAGCCUAUCCCAGCUGACUACGGACGAAAGGCGGGGUACACCCUGGACAAGUCGCCAGGUCAUCACAGGGCUGACACAUAGACACAGACAACCAUUCACACUCACAUUCACACCUACGCUCAAUUUAGAGUCACCAGUUAACCUCACCUGCAUGUCUUUGGACUGUGGGGGAAACCGGAGGAAACCCACGCGGACACGGGGAGAACAUGCCAAGGGCAAAUACAGCCCCAAUUACAUACCGUAUAACGGCGCCCAAAUUACGGGCUUGUCAAAAGACCCAAAAUAGAACAUCCGAAAAUCGCCCAAAUUAGAAGAAAAAAAUCCUGUUUCAUAAGGGUGGAGAACCCAAAAUAUUUUUAAAUUAUUGUUAAAUGUCAUUUUUUGGCAUAUAUAUUUCAAUUUGUUGUUCAGUCGCUUCAUAACAUGAAAUGCGUCGGGCGAUUACCGUAAACCGUGUCUGAGUCUUUGACGUCUGAAUGUCGUAAAAUAUACUUCCUUUGUUUAUGUUGUGAAAUUCUCAACGAUUCAUGAUAACACGUGGCUGUCGGUUUGUGAUACUGUUGAUAGUAUAGAUUGACAAGUGGUCGUGGUAGACCUAAGACAACUGGUAAAUCACAUAAGAACAGCAGUUCAUAUAUUCAUGGAAAACGCACAAUCGAUGGCAUUAUUAAGUGUACAGGCGGGGGAAUGGGGAGGUUUAUCACACGACAGAACAGUCAGAAGACAUCAGACGAUAUUGUUGACAAGGUCAAGGUCAUUGAUUUGUCGUCUGAAACAGCUGCCUUACAGUUGCCAGAACGCAGUGCGAAGGCUGAAGCCUGUAAAUGAAGUGUCGGUGUCCAUCUCCAGUCGCACGGACACCGGUGUGCAUGCACUCUGUAACUCUGCACAUCUAGACAUCCAGCGCAGACAAGACAAACCUCCCUUCACGGAACAAAUCCUGACUGAUGCCUUAAACUUCUUUUUAAAACCAGAGCCCAUCAGAAUCACAAGAGUCUACCGCGUACAGAACGAUUUUCACGCCCGCUAUCGUGCCACCUCAAGAACCUACGUCUACCGCUUGGCCACAGGAAUCUGCCGUCACACCGAACUGCCCAUAACGGAGAAGGAUUUGUGCUGGACGUUAUGGGACACGGAGCUAAACGUUGAGACCAUGCAAGAGGCAGGAGCCGUGUUACAGGGAACGCACGACUUCAGCACCUUCCGUGCACUCAGCUCGGACGCUCCAUUCAAGAACCCAGUGAAGACCAUGGAGCUGGUGCAGGUUCAGCCUGGCCUCUCCUUCAGCCAGCGCCAUUUCCACAGAGACAUCCAGUUUUGGGAGCUCACCUUUAAAAGUAGGUCCUUUUUAUACAAACAAGUGCGGAGGAUGGUUGGGGUGUUGGUUGCAGUUGGCCGGGGUAAACUGUCCGUCAGUCAGGUUCAGGAUCUGUUGGACACCAAGGACUCCAUGGCCUACCCUCAAAACAUAGUGGCGCCACCCUAUGGCCUCUUUCUGAUCAAUGUGGAGUAUAACGACUCCGAUCUGAAGACUUACCGAGCGGAUUCUGACUGAUUAUAAAAGAGAAAGCAGCACACAUGGUAACAUGUAAAUAUAUCUGUAUCGAGUAAAUAAAUUUUGUAUUUAACGUC